UGAGUGCGAGGCAACUGCCAUGGCGGGGUGCAUGAACCCCACGUCAAAAAGAAGGGCGCGAUGGCGGGGCACACCAAAGACUCGCCCAGUCGCUCACUCAAUCAUCAUCAGAUCUUGAGUCAUCAACGAGAACGGCACACGACAGCAUCCACCACCUUCCACCAGCCGCUGGAAAGGAGCCUCAUAUAUUGGUUGCUUCCUUUUCCAUUAAAUUGCUUCGUCAUCCAUCAUCAUCACCAUCGCGUCCUGCAGCCAUGUCGCUCACCAACGCCUCCCCCGAGGCCGCUGCCAUCGCCGCAAAGACGGCGUCCUUCGCCCUUGCGACUCUUCCCGCCUCAGCCCGCAACGAGGCCCUUGAAGCCAUUCACGCUGCUCUCACCGAAUCCAGGGAUGUUAUCCUCGCCGCCAAUGCCCGCGACCUCGACCUCGCCCGCAAGGCUGCCGCUGAUGGUAGCCUUAGCCAAGCUCUCGUAUCUAGGCUCGACCUGGGCAAGAAGGGCAAGUGGGAGGAUAUGCUUAAGGGUAUCUUGGAUGUAAGAGAUCUCGAGGAUCCAAUUGGUCAAAUUCAGAUGAGGACCAAACUCGAUGAUGACCUCACCAUGGAGCGCGUCUCAUGCCCAAUCGGUGUCCUUCUCAUCAUCUUUGAGGCCCGUCCCGAAGUUAUCGCCAACAUUGCCUCUCUCGCUAUCAAGUCAGGCAACGCCGCGAUCCUAAAAGGUGGAAAGGAGUCGACUGAGUCAUUCGUCGCCAUCUCUCAGGUCAUUUCAUCGGCCUUAGAAAAGUCCCAGGUUCCCAACUCGGCCAUCCAACUCGUCACCACUCGCGAUGCUAUCGCUGAGCUUCUCGCCCAGGACCGUCAUAUCGAUCUCGUCAUCCCUCGCGGUUCCAACGAACUUGUCCGCUACAUCAAGGAAUCUACCAAGAUCCCGGUUCUUGGCCAUGCCGAUGGUCUAUGCCACAUCUACCUCACCGACUCCGCUGAUAAAGACAAGGCUGCCACCGCCAUCGUGGACUCCAAGACCAGCUACCCUGCCGCCUGCAAUGCCGUAGAGACGCUUCUUGUCCAGGACUCUGCUCUCACCACCAUCUUUCCCAGCGUCGCUUCUGCCCUCGCUGCCAAGGGGGUCUCCCUACGAUGUGACCCGGCAAGCAAGGCCGCCAUUGCGUCCCUAUCGCUCGAGGACGUCCACGAUGCCACCGCCGAGGACUACGACACUGAGCACCUCUCCUUGACCAUCGGCGUCAAGACAGUUCCCGACAUCGACACCGCCAUCACUCACAUCAACACACACGGCUCUCACCACACUGACGCCAUCCUUACCUCCAACGCCGCCGACGCCGAGCGCUUUAUGAAUGAGGUCGACUCCGCAGGUGUGUACUGGAAUGCCGCCACCCGCCUUGCUGACGGUAUGCGCUAUGGCUUCGGCACCGAGGUCGGUAUCAGCACAAACAAGAUCCACGCCCGUGGGCCUGUCGGUCUUGAGGGUCUUACCAUUUACAAAUACAAGAUCCGCGGUGACUACCAAGCUACUGCAAGCUACGGCGACGGAGAGGGCAAGCGGCAAUGGAAGCACGAGAGGCUCAACCUGUAGAGAGAAAACGACUGACGGACGUGGGCGUUGGGUUUAACAAAAAGCUUGCUUGCAUCUUCUUGGAUAAGAUACUUUAAACAUGGGAGUUGCUCACAGAUCUCCGCCAAUGGUAUCAUCAAUAAAAUACUUGACCGCAACGCAGUAGUAAUC